UUAACCAAAAUGGCUAAGUUGGCGAUCGUCUUCGUCGCGCUCUUCGCCCUCCAGGGUGUUCGUUCCGGUUUGGAAACGAGCUAUCUGGAGAAGACUCCCGAGAAUAUUUCGCGAUUGAUCGAGGCGGACACGCGCGAAUUCGUUCGUCACCUCGAGUCGCACGGUUACGACGCGAAGGUGGAAAGCGCGAUCGGGCGCUACGUGCAGGGUGUCGAGACCGUGAUGCCGAAGCUGCACUUGAAAGCUUCCAUCGGCGAUGAAAAGGUCGAGAUGACCUUGCAGGAGCUGGCCGACAAGUUGCGCAAGAUUCUUCAGGUUCUUCAGCAUCCCAAGGCGGCGAUUGGUGGUGAUUUCUCCGAACGGUUGGUGAAGGUCGCCGAGAUCUACGAUAGCCUGGCCGAGUAUGCCGGAGUGCAAGGGGGUAAACUGUACGAUUUCCUCCACACCGUCUUGGCCGAGUACUGUUUCGUGGUGAAGGAGGCGGUUAGAAUGCUAACCAUGCAGUCAACCGGGCUGAAGGUGCAGACCGAAAGCAACCUCAGAGAGAUUUUGGAUAACUUGAAGCACGUUGAAUUCGACAACGCGUUCGUGAAGAACGCCAUCAAGAAUGUGAUCCAGGACUACGUUAGCGAGCUCAAGACGAACAUCCCCGAAGAUGUACUUAGCCAUUUCGAGGCGUUUUUUAAACGUGGCGAGGCUAUGAACGGGGUGGAAUGCCGCAAAGUGCUCAGCAAUGCCUUCGGUAAUCUACUAACCGCGAUGAAGCAGCACCACAUUGACCAAAACGCGCUCUCGCACUUUUUGGCCUCCACCAGCGUGGUGGAAUUUAACAUCUACACCAUGGGUACGACUAACGUUCCCCACGGAGAAACGACCACCAGCUUCGCCCUCCAAAUCCGUACGAUUUCCAACGGACUGACCAACACUUUGAAGGCGCUCUCCUUCGAGAACAAGCACGCAAAGCAAAUUCUUGUAGAUCAAACCCACGAGUUCAUCGUGAACCUGAAGAGCAUCGUGCAAAAGCUCGGGGAAGUCAAAUUGGGGGCGAUCCGUGGAGUUACCGCAGAAUUAAACGAGGUCAUAGCCGAAUUGGAGCACAUCGUCGAUUCCGUCCGCGACAUGGACGAGGAGGAGAUCAAGUCGGGUCUGACCCGGUGCGUGCACAAGUCCGUCGCCCAGUUUGAAAAGCUCUUGAGAAUCGAACGCGAAAAUCAAGGUCCCUUGAAAACGCCCACCUACGAGAUUUACAACGACUUCCUCGCGACCUUACAGCACCAGCUCAUCCAGUACCAGAACAUCUACCAAAGCACGACCGGCAAACAGUCGAUCGAUCACAUGGGCCAGCAGAUUCAGACCAUCACCAACAGCGUGCUCGUCUACCUCCGCAACGUUCCGACCAACGACGUGAUGAUUCGCGAGAAGCUCGAGGUGCAGGUUCACCACCUGAUCAACCGAGUCCAGGCCAUACUCACGCGCAUCAAGAACAUUGAAGAUCCGAGGUUUGCGAAGAUCGCGAGCAAGAUCUCCGAAAUAACCGAGUCGUUCGAGGCCUUCAUGGAGAAGACCAAGAUCGCGGCGAUCCGCGAGGUCGUCUUCCACUUCAACAUACUCGUGCAGAAGAUCGCGACCGAAAUGAAGGGCUUCGCGUCGCUCGGUCACGAGGCGAAGUUGGAGGAGGUGGUCAGAAGCGUGCUCGGCGAGUACCUGAUCAUCAUCGAGAACAUCCAGGUCAAGAUUCAGCGCAUCAACCAGGUGGCGCAGGUCGGCCAGAGCCCCCGGGAGCUCGCGUUGCAAAUCGAGGUGGUUGCCGAGCAUCUGAGGGAGAUGCUCGUGGUAUUCGUUUCCGAUAACCCUCUCGCGAGGCGCACCUUCGCGUGGGAGAUCCGCCAGUUCGCGCGGGUCCUGGACACGAUCGCCGAGCAGCUGAUUUCCAAGGAGGUUUCGGAAUCGGGAAGGGUUUACAAGGAUGUUGGCUCGAGCUUGAAGCGGAUCGGCGCCGAAUUGAAGGGGAGCGGCGGGGAGGUUCGCGAGCACAGGACGGAGGUGGCCAACAAGAUCGUGAAGGCUGCGGAGGAGGUGCAGAGGUUGUGCUGGAUCUCCCAGGCCGACGUGCAGGAAGGUCUCGGCGUGCAGUCGACCUACGUCCGAAGCAUCCUCCUGGAGUUACUGUUGAGCUUGCAAAAUUUCCACAUUCAGAUGAUGCACAAUUUCCAAGUGGUCGCCAGCGGACAAUCCCCAAUGAAAAUCUUGAACGAGAUCGAGCAGAUCCCCAAGUCGCUCUUUGGCCAACUUCAAGCGGUUAAGUCAGAGGGUGACCUUGAGCAAAUCUUGACCAUUCAGCUUGGGGAAUAUCUGCAAGCCAUCGAGAACACCUUGAACUCAAUUCAUCACAAGAUGAAGAGUAACGGCGAGCACAACGUGGAAAUCGAGAAGAUCGCCGACGUGUUCGGCAAGACAUCCCUGCUCCUUCAAAGUGUCGACGUUAAGGAUGUCAAAGAGUUCUGGGCCAAGUUCGAAAUGUCACUCAAUGAGUUCAUCCAAGGAAUGCACAGAUUAGUGGCGAUUAGCGCUGAGCAGGUACGCGAAACUCACGUCGGCACCCACACCGGUAUACUCCACGGUGUCUUGUCCAACAUGUUGACCACCCUGCGCAAUAUGUACAUUCAGCUGCACUACACCCACCACGAGACCGACGGCGCUAGCAAAAUCAACGAGCUCAGUGAUCGCGUCGCGAUGAUCACCAACAACAUCAUGCCAUCCCUCGAGACAAUCGUCGGGAGCACCACGCCUAUUAAACAAGCCCUGGGUGUCCAAAUUUACAAAUUCGCGCGCAAAUUGAAGACCCUCAUCCACAAAGUUGACAAGGAAUUCGCCCACGAAAACCACCAAGAAAUCAAAGAAAUCCAGACCGCACUCAAGCUUUCCCUGGCGGUACUCGAGCAAACGGCCAGCUCAAUGACCACCCUCACCAUCAACGACCUGAAGCUCCACUUCAACAAACUGAUCCAAGGUAUCGGGGCAGAUCUCCAGAAGUUGGUCCUAGUCCAAACGACCAAUAAGGACGCCGUCCGUCGCGUUCUUAUACAUUACCUCAGGACGCUCAAGAACGUUCACAUCCAAAUCCAGAACAUCUCAAGAAUGAGCCAACAGAGCGAGAACUACCAACUGGUCGCCAUGCAAAUCGACACCGCCAUCAUCGAGCUGUGCAAAUUCCUGCAGACCAUCCCCAGCGAUCACAAGCUGCUCGCCAAGGUAAUCGUGGUCGAAUCCCACGAGAUGGCCCAACUCAUCCUCAACAUCAUCAACCGUUACCAGGCCGCCGCCGUUGUGCAAGACAACGACCUCUUCACGGAAAUAGCGAGUGAACUGAAAAAGGUCCAACUCGACCUCCAAGAGAUGACCGAGCAAAAGGUGAUGGACGACCUCAACGGAAACGUCCUCAAGUUGGCAUCGAGCAUGGAACGCUCGGCGAUUCUCAUCGAGCAGCUCAUGUGGGUGCCCGCCAAAACCGUUCGCGGUGCCCAAUACCGCCCCGACAUGCCAACCUUCGUCCGCGUCACCCUGCACGACUUCCUCAGCGGAGUGCAGAACAUGUUCGUGCAAAUUGCCAACGUGAUCGUCCACGUCGACGAUAAGAGCUUCGGGGAGAUUCUCAACGGACAAACCCACAAAACCGCCAGCACCAUCAAAAUGCCCGAAACCGACGAGCUUUACCGACCGGAAUGGGAACUAUACAAGGGAAUGGACAACAAGCCCACCAGCUGGUAUCCCACAAGGUCCGACAGCUACCGCCAGAUGACCAACAAGCCAUGGUACCGCCCAACCAAUAAGGACAGCUUCGGUCAGAGAAGCUGGGAGACGCCCGAACCGAAACGCGUCGUCGAAGAGAUCGCGAAGUUAACCAGGAAGAUCACCGACGUCCUCGAGCGCAAGCCCAUCGCCAAGCUCACAAUCGUAAGCCAAAUUCGUCAGCUCGCCAACGUCCUCGACGAGAUCUCUCGCGAGAUCCGCGUCGAUCAAGUCGCCGAUAAUAUCCGCAAUCUGAAGCUGGCGUUCGACAACGUUCUCAAGCGCGCGCCGAGAAUGGAUUUGGAGCAGUUGAAGAGCGAGGUCUGCGAAAAUUUGGAGACGGUUUUGAGACAGUUUGAAGACUUGGCGAACGCGCGGAGAUCUUCGGUCGAUAACCUCUUGGAGCGCUACAACCGCGGCCUUCAGAUGGUCUGGCGUCAAUUGCAGACCUACCCCGUUAAUGGAAGGUACUAAACGAGCGCACUGAUGUCUUUGUAAAUAGAAACGUUGCAACAAUU